AUGACUGCCACUGUGAUUUUAACUGUCAACACUACAUGGAGUGCUGCCCUGACUUCAAGAAAUUCUGCACAGUGGAAAGGUCCCAGCAUUAAAGGUGAGCAAGCCAAAAAUACUAACUCUCUUGUUCUGCCUUACGCAGCAGUCUCCUGCAGAGGACGUUGCUUUGAAACCUUUGAAAGAGGACGAGAGUGUGACUGUGAUGCAGACUGUGAAAGAUAUGGCAAAUGUUGCCCAGACUACACAGAACACUGUAAAGAGGAUAAUGGCAGCGAACAGGAAAAAAAAGGGACCAGUCCUGCUCCAAACACAAAAAAACCUGAUACAAGCACAACCAAAGCAACGACAACUGAUCUAAAACCAACUUUACCUAUUACAACGAGUACUAUCACAAUAACAACAACCACCAAAGAAGCCACUACGACUCAGAAAGAAACACCUGGGACAACAGCAGCACCAACAACAGAGGUUGAAUCUCCCACCACCCCCAAACCUCAAGACACAACCCCAGAGGCCACGGAGGCACCAACAACCGAGGCUGACUCUCCCACCACCCCGAAACCUCAAGACACAACCCCAGAGAGCACGGAGGCACCAACAACCGAGGCUGACUCUCCCACUACCCCCAAACUUCAAGACACAACCCCAGAGGGCACAGAUGCACCAAUGACUGAGGCUGACUCUCCCACCACCCCCAAACCUCAAGACACAACCCCAGAGGCCACGGAGGCACCAACAACAACUGAGGCUGACUCUCCCACCACCCCCAAACCUCAAGACACAACCCCAGAGGCCACGGAGGCACCAACAACGACUGAGGCUGACACUCCCACCACCCCCAAACCUCAAGACACAACCCCAGAGGCACCAACAACCGAGGCUGACUCUCUCACCACACCCAAACCUCAAGAAUCAACCCCAGAGGCCACGGAGGCACCAACGACCGAGGCUGACUCUCCUACCACCCCCAAACCACAAGACACAACCCCACAGGCAACAACAACCAAGGCAGACUCUCCCACAACCCCUACAGUCAAGUGGACUAGCCCUGCAGGCACUCAGGCUGACACCCCUGCUGUAGAGAAAACGACAUCUAUUAAAGAAACAACUACUGUCCCUGGAUUAGUAUCUACUUCUAAGAAAGGUACAACCACUCAAAACAUUGAGCCAGUCACAACCACUAGGAACAAAACACCCAUAUCUGAAGCUGACACUAUGGUUUCAGAAACAGCAGCAGAAAAGAAAAUCACAAUUUCUGCAGCCGAAGUAGCAACCAGUACAACUACAAAAGAUACGACUACAGCUGUACAAAGGAUAGUGGUGACUGCAGCUAGUACUACUGAAAAAAAAGACAAAAACCCGGCUAAAACUGUUGCUACUCCUAUAACCAAAGAGUCAAGUAAAAUAGAAACAACCAUGGUGAACAAAGAGGUAACAACAUCCAAGAAAGAGAAAACUACUGUGCUUAAAGAUAUUUUAACAACAAGUAGGAAAGACACAACUAUGGUAACUCGGGUGAUAACAGCUAAACCAGAUGACUCUCCUAAAGGUAAGGAUGAUAUUUCAAGUACAACUCCUACAAGCAAGCAAGCUGUCACUACAGCAGCUCAGUCAGAAGCAACUACUGCAGACGAAAAGACUGCAACAAUGGCUGUGCAAAGAGAAGUAACCCCAGCUAAACAGGGCAAGACUCCCAUAAAAAACGGGACUUUAACAGCUAAAAAAGAAGAAAGCCCUGUGAGAACAGCGACUGUAACAACAGCAGCUGCAGCAGCUACAACUCCCUUGCCAAAGCCCACUCUGUUGACAACUGCCAAAAGAGAUUCAACUCCUAAACCCAGGGAGAUUGUAACAACAAAUAAAAGAGACACAACUCUGGAAACUAAGCAGACUGUAACAGCUGCAGCUAAAGAGAGCAUAAGUACUACUUGUGUUGUUGUAGAGCCAACAACAGCUGGUAAAAAAGAGGUAAUGACCAUCAAAGAAACUAACAUCACACCUGAAAAAGAAAUGGAAGAUGCCACUGGAAAGACCCCUAGUAUUAACAAAGAGGAAACUACAGUUACUAAAGAGACCACUACAAGAGAUAAAAAAGACACGAUAGAAGAAAUGUUUAUUGUUUCCAAAGGGACGUCCAAACCAACUAUACAUUUCCAGGAGGUUACUGACACAAGAGAUAAGCCUCAUCCAGCUGACUCUGAAACUCUUCCAAUAGAAGAAGAGCCUGAGAUCAACAACAAGCCUUUAAUACAAACUGCAGACUUGCCCAUUUUAUCUGGAGAAACACAAGCGAAGGAUGAGAAGGACCUGUGCAGCGGGAAGCCAGCAGAUGGCAUGGUGGCCCUGCCUAACGGCACCCUGGCCGUCUUCAGAGGCCACUACUAUUGGCUGCUGAAUGGCAGAAGCCCGCCGACAACCAACCCCAGGCGGAUCAGCGACGGCUGGGGCAUCCCGUCCCCCAUCGACUCAGUCUUCUCCAGGUGCAACUGUGAUGGCAAGACCUUCUUCGUCAAGGGUCCCCUAUACUGGCGUUUCACUAAUGGUGUUAUGGAUAAAGGCUAUCCCAAACCUCUCGCAAACGGAUUUGCAGGGCUAAGUGGGAAAAUAGUAGCAACUCUCCCUGUGGCAAGAUACAACAACAGACCAGAAUCUGUCUAUUUUAUCAAAAAAGAUGGCAACAUGCAACAGUAUGUGUACAGACAGGAACCUGCCAAGAAGUGUCAAAGAACCCAGGUUACCAUAAGAUACCCAGUUUAUGUCCCAAGAUUUGUAAUAAGACGACGCUUUCAACGUGCAGCAAGAAUGCCAACCGUUAUUCAGACUGUCAGAAUCAACUCAUAUCCAUCUGGAGUUCUGCGCAAGGCAGUCAGAAUGACUACCUACUGGAGAGGGCUCCCAAAAGUGAUUCAUUCAACUAUCUCACUACCCAACUCCAAUAAGCCAGACGGCUACGACUAUUACGCCUUCUCCUACAAUCGGUACUACAGUUUGGACAUUGGCAAAAGAAUAGCAAGACCUGUGACUGCUCUCACAGGAAAGACUGUAUCCAAAGACUGGUACAACUGUCCUAGCAAGUGAUGCACAGCACAGAAUUUUAAAAAAAG